GUGUGGUAGCUGGUCUCAUCCCAGUUGGAGCCAUCACUCUCUCUCCUCAUCAACAACAGUAGCCUAUUGCUGAGCUGCAGGAUUACUGCUGCUGCUGUUGCUGGAUGUGCGAGCUGUGCUGAGGUGAAAAUGAAGCGCUCCCUGGGGAUCUGUUUGCUGAUCUGCUCUGCCCUGAUUGGACUUGGAUCAGCCAUCCGAUGUUACAGCUGUAAGGAUUACACAGGCAGCUGUAGCAAAGAACGAGACUGUAGUUAUGACGACGCCUGCCUCACGCUCUAUGAGAGAGGUGGGAUGACCUAUCGCCAAUGUAUGAAGUAUUCAGACUGCGACUAUGGACGGCUGGGCCAGAUGUUCCCCCAGGUGUCCAGUUUCACCUUCAAGUGCUGCAACUCAGACCUAUGUAACUCCGCCCCUUCAUCUGCAAUGAGUUCUCUGAUUGGUCUGCUGGCCUCUGUGCUGGUCAUGUGGUGGUGCCUCCAAUGAAGAGGAAGCAGUGGCUCUGUAACACCCCCCAGUGUCUGGAAACAGAGCAGCUUCUUUAACACUGUUUUAUCUAACACUAAUUACUUUCAUACAGUCGUCUCAUUCAGACAUCUGAUCAUCAGUUAAGAGAAAUACAAAUAUUUCAUCAUGGUAUUGGUGAUCAAUAAAGGUUCUGGUCUCUGUCACUUUAUGAACAUGUGAAAAAAUAAUUACAUUUCACCAAAGAAUAUGAUUAACAUAAAAAAUCUCAGAUUUGUCACUGUUACAUUGUUGAUCUUUAUAUGAACAGCUUCAGUUGCUGAUUAAUCAGUCAUUAAAAAUUAACCUUUCUCACUUUGCAAAAUUGUUGUUACAAAAAUUUUUUUCAUACAAGUAUUUAUAAGAUGAAACAAAACAUUUUGUCAGGUCUGAAAUGUCUGAUUAAACAUUUAAAUAUUCAGACCCCAUCACACUAAGAAUAUUUGUGAGGGUUACUUGAUCAUUAAAUAUUAGAAUAUUUCUGUCUGUCACAGUAUUUAUGUGAUGUGAAGUAAAUCUGGACAAUUUGUCUGACAUGUAAACAUUUACAUUUUUUCAUUUGUUCACAAACAUUUCACUGGUGAUUGAUUGAAAAUGACAAAGAUGUCUGUCACAUUAUCAAUAUAUUUAUAUCAAAAGACAGUAUUAUCAUUACAGAACAAUUACCUGGAUGUUAGGCGCAGUUAGGUUUUUUCUAAAGAGCCAGGGUUCACAGGGCUGAAUAUCCCUGAUUUAUAAUCUGAUUGUGUUUUAACUCAGAACUGAAUUAUCUGUUUUUAAUCAGUCUAAUGCACCUGAUGUUUUUGGUUUUGGUAAAAAAGUAAAAACAGAAGUGAAUGAGAAUAGAUAUUUUUCUGAAAAUUUCCUAAAGUCUCUUCACUCUUUAACUCUGUUUGAAAUUAAUAAGUUCAGCACUGACCUAAAGCAAGCUUUAAAUGCCUGUAAGUGACCACUUAAUAAAUAAAUGUUUGCACACUA